AUGGGGAAAUAUGCUGCGUUAGAAAAUCUAAAUGAAAAUUGGAAGAUAUUAAGAGGAGAAUUGGCCCAUUAUUAUGGUUCCUUGCUAAUGGAGUCCCAUGCUAUGGAAUAUAUAAGAGCAUUCACGGAUGAUAAUUUGUGUGAGAGCCUCAGGCUGGCACCAGAGCAAAAGAAAUCAUCUGUACAGACCAUUGGUGAAGAACAAAUACAGAAUCCUUACACAGAGCUCCUUGUGUUGAAAGGUCAUCAAGAUAUAGUACGAUUUCUAGUACAAAUAGAUGACUGCAGGUUUGCUUCUGCAGGAGAUGAUGGAGUCAUAUUUCUGUGGAAUGCUCAGACUGGAGAGAAACUUUUUGAACUACAUGGACAUACACACAAAAUUACAGCUAUUGCACCAUUUUUUUCAUCAGAUGCUUCUGGAGAAAACAAUCAGUUGAUAUUAACAGCAUCAGCUGAUAGAACAGUUAUUGUUUGGGACUGCAGUAGCGGCAAACAGAUUCAGAGAGUGUCUUGUUUCCAUUCUACUGUAAAGUGUUUGACAGUUCUUCAAAGACUGGAUGUAUGGUUGUCUGGAGGGAGUGAUCUAUGUGUUUGGAACCGAAAAUUAGAUCUCUUGUGUAAGACCAGUCAUCUUACUGAUGCAGGUAUCAGUGCUUUGAUCGAAUUGCCUAAAAAUUGUGUUGCGGCAGCUGUGGGCAAAGAGCUAAUCAUUUUUAGGUUGAUUGAUAGACCUGAAGGUUGGAAUGUCCUUGAAGUAAAACGCAUUGUUGACCAUCAGGAUAACAUCUUGUCGUUGGUCAGCGUCAAUGAUUUGACUUUUGUGACAGGUUCUCAUGUGGGUGAAUUAAUAGUUUGGGAUGCACUUGACUGGACAAAACAAGCAUCUGAGUGCAACUUCUGGGACUCUUCUCUCCACAUAGAUGCACAGCCAGAAAUAAAAUUAUCCCAAAGUCCAAAUGAAACUUCAGUUCAACACCUAGCUUCUGAUGAGGAGUGUGUGUUCGCUGCUGUUGGGAAAGGCAUAUACGUAUAUAAUCUUCAAAUGAAGCGUGUGAUUGCCUGCCAGAAAACUGCUCAUGACUCCUCUGUAUUGCACAUUGCGAAACUUCCAAACAGGCAGCUGAUAUCCUGUUCAGAAGAUGGCAGUGUUCGCAUUUGGGAGCUCCGAGAAAAGCAGCAGCUACCAGCUGAGCCGGUUCCAACAGGGUUUUUCAACAUGUGGGGAUUUGGAAGGGCAAACAAGCAGGCAAACCAAGCUGCUAAGAAGACACAGGAGAAUACAACUACGUAUUUCUUGGAGUUGGUUGGUGAUUUAAUUGGUCAUUCCUCAGCUGUGCAGAUGUUUUUAUACUUUGGUGAACUAGGACUGGCUACGUGUUCUGCUGACCAUCUUAUUAUUUUGUGGAAGGAUGGUGAACAGGAAUCUAGACUCCGCAGUGUAAGACUAUUUCAGAAACUGGCACAAAAUGGUGGCUCACAACUCAAAUUCUAAGUUACUGGAAUACAGGGUAUAUACACAUAAACUGGAUCUGCCUUAAAUGUAAAGGGAAGUCUGAACUACUAGAAAAGUGACUAUCAUUAAGGCUUACACUUAAUGUCAUAUAUUAAAAUUGAUAUUUUUGUUAUUUGCUGCUAUGCUUCUCAAAGGAGAAUGUUGCAGGUUGAAACUUACUUGGCUUACUGUCAGCAGAAAUGGUGUUCUCUUAAACCACUGAAGAUAGUGAUGACAAAUUAAAUAGUUUCUAGUAUUAUUUCUAAUGUUUAAAAACAUUGUGGAUGGAUAUGGAAAAUUAGAGUUGUUAACUGCCUUUACAUGGAUUGUAACUAAGGAAGUUUGGGGGCAUUUUGCAGCAUCAUGUGCAGAAUGGAGGCAUGGCAGCAAAUCAGAGGCUUCCUGCUCUAUGUAAUUUAUUUCUUAAAGCUAGAUUUUAGUCACUGAUGGCUCAGACAUGUAUCUACAAAGAAGACUGUUCUCAAAUAGUUCUAAUGCCUGAAGCUGCUAUCCUGUACCAAGGGUAAGAGGAAGAAAGUAGUGGGCAACAGCAGUUUGCCAGAUUUUGAUUUUUUGGGGGGGAAAAAAUAUAGUGGUAUAAAGAUACUGCAAGUUUGCAGCUGGUAUAGUUUUACUGUGGGUUAACCUACAGCGGAGUUUACAUAGCACCAUUACUAUGUCUAGCAUGAUAUGUGAUUGGUUUAGCUUAGUCUUGCUAUAGUGCAUUUAUCUAAUUAAUUUGUCUCUUCAAAACAGAACAAAAAAGCAUUGCCCAACCCUGUGGGUGCUUGCCCCCACUCCCGAAUCCAGGCAUUGUCUCUUGAUUUCUACCAUAAUCAUCCCUGGAAGGCAGAGCAGAGGGAUGGUAAAAGUAUGGGCUAUAUUCCCCCUGCCCCUUUGUGAACUUGUACAGCUCAUCUCAUCUGUUGAGUGUAGAUCCCAAGAUGGCAUUUCCAAAAAAAAAUACAAAGCAGAUGGAGGCAUAAUUAAAGGCCCCUCUCCUUUCUAUUCAGGAAGGAUAACUCAGCUUUAAAGCUUGAACUGCAUGCUCUUUGCUCCAAAGGUAGCUAUAGACUGGCAUAGGAAAGAAGUUUGAAUUACAGCUGAUGAUAACAUGCUUUGUGGGUAUGUUACAGUAAGUGGGGGUGGGAGUUACCUGUUAAUUUCGCCAGCCUUUAGCUAAUACAUUGUUUCAGCUGGUCUUCAUCAGCAAGCAUUGUCUUUUCAGUUACUCUGUGAAGGUACCACCUCAGGAAGACCAGUUUCUCUCCAGCUCUUUUUUCUUAUUUCAAGUGAGAAAUAACUGUUUAGUCUAUAUAUAAAGUAUAUGUGUGUGUUGUUACUAAAACUUUGCAAAAAGUUAAUUGUUACUAAAACAGUUAAUUUUUCUGGAGCCGCUAUCAUCAAUUAUAACUAGAGAGAAGGAACAUCAUCCUUUUUAAUUAUCUGUUCUUCCUAUACCAUGAAAAAUCAGCUAUUUCAUUUUUAUGUGAGUGCUUUUGCGUGAAUACCUGGUAGAGAAACAGACCUAUUUAACUGAACAGUUCUAUUCACAAAACUCAUUGUGCAUUUUACAGUGAUGUAAUUCAGCCUUAAAUAGUCCUACAUGCUUAAAAUAUAUUUAUAUCUAUAAAAAGGUGCCAUUGUUCUUAGAUGCACUCAGUUGGUAACAGAUGUCCCAAGGGUCUCUUUCUUUAACUCAACCAUGUUUAAAGGUAUUAAAUUUGAACAAAGAAGUUUUACAUGUAAAGUUUGAGCAUAACAACGAAUAUAGUAAGGCUAUAUUAGCCAAUUCAUUUUCAGUAAGAUUUUUGUCACUUGCUGUUGAGAAGUACAGUGAGCAGAAGAAUUAGGGUGAUCAGGUUAUAAAUGUGGCUUCCAUCCAGUGUCCUUUUAAAUUUCAUUUUUCAGCUUGCAGUAAGUUUCCAUAUGUUCAACCUCAUGAAGGUAAGUAUCAGAUUUAUCCUUAAUGUUUGUACAAACCCGAGGAAGCUGUUUCAAUAUCUCUGCAUGACAAUAGCAUGAAACAAUUAGCUGUUAGUCAAGUAGAUGGGUUAGAGUCCAGGAAACCUGACAAAACUGGGACAUUAAAAUUAAUCUGUGCUGAUUCUUCUGCUCUUAAAGAAGCUUUGACUACAUUAGGACAUCACUGCACACAAAUUACUUUUUUGCUUAGUCUUCAGCUGGGGAAAGAAACAGGAGGCUCUCACAACAAAUAUACUGAUUCCACAUGAAAGCCUUAUCUCAUGAACCAGAACUGAGGCUGACCUUUAUUCCUUAUGUUCCUUCCUCCAUUAACAUUUCCCUCUGUGUGUCAGAAAUGUGACAGAAUAACACACCAAACUGUUUUACAUGGUUGUGGUCUUACAGUGAUGCUGUAUUUAACAAAUAAAAUUAAAGAUGACAAAGCUUU